GGUCUACUGAAGCGGACGGGUUUUCCGAAGGAGGCCAUCGAAUACGUGGUGUGCGGGACAGUCAUACAGGAGCCCAAGACUGGAAACGUCGCCCGCGAGGCCGUACUGUCGGGCGGUCUCCCGCUGUCGACACCGGCGCACACCGUAACCCAGGCGUGCAUUUCGAGCAAUCAGGCCAUCACUACAGCCAUGGGUUAUAUGAACAGCGGCUUCUGCGAGACGGCUGUGGCCGGAGGUGUGGAGACGAUGUCGGACGUGCCCAUCAGACACUCGCGCAAAAUGCGCAAAUGGUUACUGGCGUUGAAUAAGGCCAAGUCGACGGGCCAACGGCUGUCCAUGUUGUUACAGUUACGACCCGACUAUUUCAUGCCCGAAUUGCCAGCGGUGGCUGAGUUCACGACCGGCGAAGUGAUGGGCCACUCGGGCGACCGGUUGGCCGCGGCGUUCAAAGUGUCGCGACAAGAACAGGACGACUACGCCCUGCGGUCGCACACAUUGGCCGACAAGGCGUUCAAAGCGGGUCUACUGAACGACAUCGAGCCCGUGACUGUGCCCAAGAAGGGUCUCGUCGACCGGGACAACGGCAUACGCGUGGGUACGCCCGAACAGUAUGCUAAACUCAAGCCGGCGUUUGUUAAACCGUACGGCACUGUCACUGCGGCCAAUGCCAGCUUCUUGACCGACGGCGCCUCCGCUUGCCUUCUCAUGACCGAAGAGAAGGCCAAACAGUUGGGCCUCAAACCGAAGGCCUAUUUACGGGAAUUUUUGUACGUAUCGCAGGACCCGAAGGAUCAGCUACUGCUCGGCCCGGCGUACGCCACGCCGAGGAUACUCGAGAAGGCUGGCCUAACACUGAAGGAUAUCGAUGUGUUUGAGUUUCACGAGGCGUUUGCCGGCCAGAUAUUGGCCAACUUGAAGGCUCUGGACAGCGAUUGGUUCGCUAAAGAGCAUAUGAAACGAAGCGGCAAAUACGGUGCGCCCGAUUUGAGCAAGUUUAACUUGUGGGGCGGCUCCCUGUCAAUCGGCCACCCGUUUGGCGCGACUGGUGUACGACUGCUCACCACAACAGCCAAUCGGCUGAUCAAAGAGGACGGCAAAUACGGAUUGUUGGCUGCCUGUGCCGCCGGUGGCAUUACUUCGAUCGCUAUAGCAAUGGUAACUCAUGAGGAAUGCCAGGACUGGUCAUGUCGUGAGGCACUAGACUGUCCGCCAGCAGGACACGCCAUGAUUGUGGAGAGAUAUCCCGGAUCUUAAUUCAACGGUACCGGAGGAAUGGUUGGAAGGGGUCGGUGGCCAUCGUUUAAGCAAAUGGUUAUUUUAUAUAUUGAUUUUAAUUUGAUAACUAAUAUUGAUUCAUAUUUUUAUAAUUACUGUUACUUUUGUGUGUGUUUUGUCUGAG